AUGCCGGAAACUGGCUCCAAAUGUUCCAGGUUUUAUACUAGUGCCCUUCCACAGGGCCCCCACCAAAACCCUUCCCCUCCACAGGGCCCCAACCUCAACCCUUCCACCCCACAGGGCCCCAACCUGCACCCUUCCCUUCCCUCCCACAGGGGACCCAACCAGGACCCUUCCCCUCCACAGGGCCCCAACCAGGACCCUUCCCCACCACAGAGCCCCAACCUGGACCCUUCCCCUCCACAGAGCCCCAUCCUGGACCCUUCCCCUCCACAGGGCCCCAACCAGGACCCUUCCCCUCCAAAGGGCCCCAACCAGGACCUUAACCAGGACCCUUCCCUCCACAGAGCCCCAACCAGGACCCUUCCCCUCCACAGGGCCCCAACCAGGACCCUUCCCCUCCACAGGGCCCCAACCAGGACACUUCCCCUCCACAGAGCCCCAACCAGGACCCUUCCCUCCACAGAGCCCCAACCAGGACCCUUCCCUCCACAGAGCCCCAACCUGGACCCUUCCCCUCCACAGGGCACCAACCUGGACCCUUCCCCUCCACAGGGCCCCAACCUGGACCCUUCCCCUCCACAGGGCCCCAACCUGGACCCUUCCCCUCCACAGGGCACCAACCUGGACCAUUCCCCUCCACAGGGCCCCAACCAGGACACUUCCCCUCCACAGAGCCCCAACCUGGACCCUUCCCUCCACAGGGCACCAACCUGGACCCUUCCCCUCCACAGGGCCCCAACCUGGACCCUUCCCCUCCACAGGGCCCCAACCUGGACCCUUCCCCUCCAAAGGGCCCCAACCUGGACCAUUCCCUCCACAGGGCCCCAACCAGGACCCUUCCCUCCACAGGGCCCCAACCUGGACCCUUCCCCUCCACAGGGCCCCAACCUGGACCCUUCCCCUCCACAGGGCCCCAACCUGGACCCUUCCCCUCCACAGGGCCCCAACCUGGACCAUUCCCCUCCACAGGGCCCCAACCAGGACCCUUCCCCUCCAAAGGGCCCCAACCUGGACCCUUCCCCUCCACAGGGCCCCAACCUGGACCCUUCCCCUCCACAGGGCCCCAACCUGGACCCUUCCCCUCCACAGGGCCCCAACCUGGACCCUUCCCCUCCACAGGGCCCCAACCUGGACCCUUCCCCUCCACAGGGCCCCAACCUGGACCCUUCCCUCCACAGGGCCCCAACCUGGACCCUUCCCCUCCACAGGGCCCCAACCUGGACCAUUCCCCUCCACAGAGCCCCAACCUGGACCCUUCCCCUCCACAGGGCCCCAACCUGGACCCUUCCCCUCCAGAGCCCCAACCUGGACCCUUCCCCUCCACAGGGCCCCAACCUGGACCCUUCCCCUCCACAGGGCCACAACCUGGACCCUUCCCCUCCACAGGGCCACAACUUGGACCCCUUGUUUGUAAACAACAUAAUUAUAAAUGCUGUGUAG